AUGGAAGACACAGAUGAUGAGCUUUUCAUGUCCAUGCAUCUGCCUCAGUGGAUGUACUACCAAGGCAACCUCUACUCCCGGCUGGUCCAUCUGGAGGGGGACCACGUUGCCGUGCAGAUCCAAGACACGCCGGGGUGCAUCCAGGUGCAGGAGGACUGCGUGCAGGUGCUGGACUCCCUCUCCAGGUGUGUGAAGUGGGCAGAGGGCUUCCUCCUGGUCUACUCCAUCACGGACUACAGCAGCUACCAGUCCGUCCAACCGCUCUAUCAGUACAUACGCAAGGUCCACCCCGAUGCCAGGACUCCCAUCAUUAUCGUGGGGAACAAAGCAGACCUCCUCCACGCCAGGCAAGUGCAGGCGAAAGACGGACUACAGCUGGCAAAUGAACUGGGCAGCCUGUUCUUGGAAAUCUCCACGAGUGACGACUCCCAGGGCGUCUGUGAUGUUUUCCAGUAUCUUUGCAAGGAGGUCAGCAAACUACAGCACGCUGGCAGCAUGGACAGGAGGCGGUCGUCCAUCAUCCCUCGGCCCAAGUCUCCCAACAUGCAAGAUCUAAAGAGACGUUUCAAACAGGCUUUAUCUUCCAAAGUCAAAUAA